AUGGCAUUGGAACACCCUUUUUCCGCAUAUGCUUUUCAGGUCACAUCCCGCAAGUUACGCGGGUUGCGCCCUGCACUUCGUAUAUCAGAGAACGGUUCACCUCCCCCCGCCAUGGCCCCAUUGGAUACGACAGUACCCACUGCACAUCAGUGGUAUGUGACAGAUUUCUACUGGCGAGGACGAAUCGAUGACAAACGCGUCUGCUUACACUGUACACAGGCUCUGGCUUCUUCAUCCGUUCAUGAUCAUGUGACGCAACAAGUUGUCGAGCCAGAUGUAGCACGACUAAGCGAUUUGUCUUUGGAAGAGGUGGCUGAUCGCCCUAUGUACACAAGACCCUGGGAUUUUGUCGAAGAUGCCCCAAAAUGCCACGGUCAUCCUCAGAUAUGGAAUUUUUGCGUUAAUAGUCGUCCGAUUAUAAAUAACGGUGCCUCGUGCAAAAAACAGCUGGGACCUUUCGAAUAG